GCAAAUGUAUGUAAACCGUGAACUAUAUUAAACACUACAGCUAGCUGUACUUUGAUUGCUAUGAAGAAUUACCUGUAUAAUAAAAUUGCAGUGUUUGGUGUUUGUACCUUUUUCUGAGCGGGAUGUAAAUUUUUAGUGACAGAUAUUUGGCUGUCAACAUUAAUAAAUAUUGAGGAUUUCGGAGAAUAAACGUGACUGAAAUCUGGAAUAUUUUGCACAGAGUCAAUGGCUACAUCAGAAGAAAGGCUUGCCUUGUUUAAGGCGGAGUACCCUCACACAGAUAAUGUUUCCCUGACCGGGGCAGAUCUGGGCGUGGUGGCCGGAUACUUUGUUAUCAUCAUUGCCAUAGGAGUUGUGGCAAUGUGCAGGUCUAACAGAAGCACAGUUGGUGGGUUCUUUCUCGCUGGAAGAUCUAUGUUCUUUUUACCUAUUGGUGCUUCACUGUUUGUCAGUAACAUUGGGACAGAACAUUUUAUAGGUCUUUCCGGUUCGGGUGCUGCCCAGGGUAUUGGUGUUGGGGCAUGGGAAUUUAAUGCAAUCCUACUUUUACAGUUACUCGGCUGGAUAUUUAUCCCCGUGUACAUUGCAUGUGGGUUUUAUAACUAAAUUUCGGACGUACCCCGAUCCCUAAAUAUCCCCAAAGCUUUUUGGGGGGGAAAGGAUGCGGUUUACUUUGCAUUACUGUCUUUAAUUCUAUACAUAUUCACAAAAUGUUCUGGCGAUCUUUUCACUGGGGCAUUGUUCAUACAGCAAUCACUAAAAUGGGAUUUAUAUUUAUGUAUAUUUAUCCUAGUCACUGUUACAGGAAUUAUGACCAUGACAGGUGGUUUGACUGCCGUUAUUUAUACAGACACCAUGCAGGCCAUAUUGAUGGUUGGUGGCGGUCUUACUUUGAUGGCAAUGAGUUUCUCAAAGAUCGGUGGUUAUGACGGGCUUGCCCGAAAAUACCCGAAUGCAACUACCAAGAUGACGUAUAGAAUGCCAAACACCACGUGUCACGAGACAGACCCGAACUCGUUCCGGAUGUUACGUGAAGCAGACGAUGACUAUAUGCCGUGGUUAGGGUUUCUGCUAGGACAGACGCCGGGGUCUAUUUGGUACUGGUGUGCCGAUCAGGUGAUUGUACAGCGCCUCCUAGCGGCCAAGAGUUUGUCACAUGCUCAAGGAGCCACACUGAUGGCCGGCUUUAUAAAAGUUUUACCAUUAUUUAUGAUGGUGAUGCCGGGGAUGAUCAGCAGAGUUCUCUACGCUGACGAAGUUGCAUGUGUUGACCCACAAAUAUGUAACUAUGUUUGUCAAAGCGAGGCUGGCUGUAGCAGUAUAGCUUAUCCGAGGCUUGUCCUCGGUAUCAUGCCAGAAGGUUUACGAGGUCUUAUGAUGGCGGUGAUGAUAGCGGCUCUUAUGAGCGACCUUGACUCCAUCUUUAACAGCGCCAGUACCCUGUUCACUGUUGAUAUUUAUACUAAAAUAAGAAAGAACUGUUCCCAAAGAGAACAAAUGCUUGUAGGCAGACUAUUCAUACUCAUCAUGGUGGGCGUGUCAAUAGCGUGGGUACCAGUGCUAAAGGAGACACAAGGGGGUCAAGUUUUCAUUUAUAUACAAGAAAUAACAAAUUAUUUGGCCCCACCUUUUGCAGCUAUAUUUCUGCUGGCAGUACUAGUUCCGAUGGUCAAUGAACAGGGAGCAUUCUGGGCGUUGAUGUUGGCUUUUCUAACUGGUGUUAUACGGAUGAUCUUGGCAUUUGUAUACUACAGUAGUGGAGGCUGUGGUAAAGAUGACAAUCGUCCCGCCAUCUUGAAGAACUUUCAUUACAUGUAUUUCUCGUUAUUCAUCACACUGUUGACUGGUGUGACGGCUAUUGUCAUCAGUUAUUUUACCGGCAGACCUCAUGAAAAAUACUUGACACGUACGACAUUUUGGACGAGGAAAUCAGCUCCGUACAUAGAAGAGACAGAACCUGACAAACUAGGUAAAGAUAAGGAGAAUGGUUUCACAAAUCUUGCAGCAACAGGUGAUAAUAACAUGCACGUGUUCUCCGUGGAGGAAAAACAUCACUACAGGGACCCGAAACUUGAUGAACCAGAAGAAGAUAAAGAGAUGCAUUGCGCGGAAAAGGCGUUGAAUUACGUUUGCGGAAUCACGAACGAGGUCGACGAAGAAAAGGAAAGACAACUGCGGUUACACAUGGAGAAAGUUGCGUGCCUUGAACAAAACAAAUACGCCAAAAUAGGCCUAAAUAUUGGUUUAGUGACAAUUUUAUCCCUCGGUGUUUUCUUGUAUAUAUUUUGGUCCUUUUGGAAAUAUGAACCCUGAGCUCGGUGGUGUGUUAAAGUUGUAUUUGACACAAACUAUCAUCAAUAGUGUGUUAACGUUGUAUUUCACACAAAAUAUAAAAACUCGUUUAAUCAGAACUAGCCUAGUGAAGUUAUAGAGAACUAUUUACAUUCUAUAUUUGAAAAUAUGUAACAUUGUAAAAUUGUUAUCUCUUUAAAAAAAAAACUCGCAACAAAAAUCUAGAUUAGCUAGCACAAUAUGUCUAAAUAUGUAUUAAUAUUAAAUGAUUGAUAUAAAAUUAUUCAGAAUACAAGUGUAUAAGACUUAAUUAAAACUGCAAUAUCAGUAUUUUGACAUUUUUGGAGUCUCAAUAUAUACAUGAUUGUUUCUUUCCUUUCUCAAAAAAAUAACUUUAACCUUUCAGGCCAUGUUGCUUCAUGGGAAUGUUAUUUUUUAUACAUAUCAAAUGUACACGUAUAUGUAUUUCUAUUAAAGAUAAGCUCGAAAAUUGCGUUUGAUGUUUUUUCUU